GAAAUCCACGCCAACGCACCUCGGAAUCUGUUCGGGUCUACAUAUCCUCCCAGAGUAACAUGCUGCUUUGACGCAUUGGAAUCAUAUUUAAGCCGCAUGAGCGAUUUACUUCUCCUGUCCUCGUUUACAUCAGUCCCAUCACCAUUCGUUACUCAGUCUGGAUCGCCUUGCCUGACAGGCAUUGACCAUGCUGCCUCGUCUCUCGGAUCCUGCUGUCCACGCAGCGUGUUCUUUUGAGAACGAAUCUCUCAGCACCCCAGAAUGUGAACAAGGUGCUCUACUUCCUCUGCAAGCCUCUGGGCCCGGUCCCAAAAUUCCAGAAGUGCUAGUCAAACUUCCAGUGGCAUACCCUAAUUUUACCCUUUAUCCUCCCGGGUACCCAUUUAAUGUAUACUGCAUUUACCCGGACAUUAGGCCCAGCGAGAAGAAACUUUCUAUUUCUGUUAAUCUCUUUUGUCAGUAUCCAUGGUUGUAUAUUUACGCUUGGGAAUGCCCUUGCAUUACUCCCUACCCUGACACCCGCGCAGGUGUCGGUUCACCCAGUGCUUCUCACGGAAAAUCCGCACUAGGAUGGAGACCCAAAUAUCCAACAUUAGACAUAUGUCCUCCCGGUUACCCUUGGAACUUGGACAACAUAUAUCCUCCAACAACAGACGUCAGUUGUUGCGGACUCGAUGUCAAUAUAUCGCGGGGUCAUUCGGAUAGUUGUAGACUUGAUUCGGGGACUUCCCGGACUUUAGUGGCAUGCUCUUCCCAGCACUCUGUCACAGACUCAGGGAGCCCUGACGUAACUGAUGGCACCUGGCUAGAUUCGACAGCUGCUGGGCGGUGUUUGGUGGAAACAACACUGAGGAAAAGGAAAACACAUGCAGAACUUCAUGUCGCAGUCUCUCCUUCCUUAAAAGAAGCAGCCAGGGCGAGAUCCCAAAUCACAUCGUGAAUUGCAUGAAAAGGUCUUCGAAGAUCGUGAAGUGUGGAGUCCAAGUGGCAGUGGGGAGAUCCUUCCCUCCUCCUUUCCGAAUAAGAGGACUGAACAUCCAGCACACCCUCCGACUACAACAAUUCCUGGGAAUUUACUUAAAAGGAUGGCAAGUGGCUGCGCACGUUCACGGGCAGCAAUUUUUCCCGUGCCGCGCUUGCGGGAGCGCAUCAUGACCCCCGUUGUUGCACCUCCGGCUGUUCCACCAAUAUACCUGUCUGGCUUUCGCAGUCCUGGCCUCCCUCUGCCACCGGUGCUUGUUGUAUCCGAAUCACCGUCCUCUCGCAGCCCACUGCAUACGCGUCCCCCGAGCUCCCGGUUGUCCCAGGCUAUGAGAUGCAUCGUACCAUGUUUGCAAAAGAGCAAACUUAGUAGAACUCCGAAGACUUUUAAA